AUGUUUCUGACCAGAUCUGAGUAUGAUCGAGGAGUCAACACCUUUUCGCCUGAGGGAAGAUUAUUCCAGGUAGAAUAUGCAAUCGAAGCGAUCAAACUGGGAAGCACGACGAUCGCGGCGACGACGAAGGAGGGAGUGAUCUUAGGUGUCGAAAGACGAUCUCAAUCAAAAUUACUAGAAGCGUCAUCGAUCGAGAAGAUCAUGGAGAUCGACAGUCAUGUCGGGUGUGCCGUCAGUGGGCUCGUGGCUGAUUCCCGUACCAUGGUCGAACAUGCUCGCGUCGUCGGUCAGAACCAUCGGUUUACGUUCGAUGAACCCAUCAAGACUGAGAGUGUCACUCAAGCAGUCUGCGACCUCGCGCUAAGGUUUGGUGAAAGUACGCAUGAUGAAGAUGCAAUGAUGUCACGGCCUUUUGGUGUCGCUCUUCUCAUCGCAGGAUGUGACGAACAUGGACCUCAACUUUUCCAUGCCGAUCCUUCCGGCACCUUCAUGCGAUAUGAUGCAAAAGCCAUUGGCAGUGGAUCGGAAGGCGCUCAAACAGAGCUGCAAGAGCGUUGGCAUAAGUCAAUGACUUUGCAAGAGGCCAAAUUAUUGGUACUGCAGGUCUUGAGACACGUGAUGGAGGAAAAGCUUGAUGAGCAUAACGUCCAAUUAGCACAGGUCACUCCGAGUGGUGGAUUUCAUAUUUUAACCAAUUCCGAAUUGAAGGAAUCGAUCAGCCAAAUGCCGGUGGAAAACAAUCCUACGCACCCUUCAGCUGCUGGAACGCAAGCUGCCCCCACAGCUUAA